AUGGAAUAUUGUCAUCGUAACGAAUGUUUGGUUUGUAAUUCACGUGCACAUUCAUCUCGAUUGUGCCUUACAUGUCAAAGUGAACCUAGGGAUGAUUUUUAUUUAUUAUGUUUAACAAAAUUAAAAGACGAAAUGGAAAGUUACGAAUCAUUAAAAGCCAAAAGUUUGGAAAUGAAUGAUAUACUGGAUACAUUUAAUAUUCCAAACCCAGAAACAAGUUAUGAUUCGUCUAUUCAUGAAGUUGAUGACUAUGCCAAAUCUUUACUUGAUCUUUACACAGAUAUUUUGAACCACGAUAUUACUCCAUGGAGUAAUAUCGCGGUUUCGACUGGAGCUCCAGUCGAAACGGCUGGUGAAGGUGACUGUAUGUUCCACGCUUUUCGUGUAUUCUAUCCCGAAAUGACUAUAGACGAGAUACGUCUUAGAACUGUCGAAGAACUCUGUCUACAUGAACAGUAUUACACAGCCAAAUUGGAGACGACAGAUUUGGAAUUCGUCGAUGAUGAACCGGUACAAGAUCACGUAUUACGAAUACUCAAUAACGG